AUGAAUUUUGGAUAUACAAUAUGUACUGGUGGUAAUGAGCGGUGUGGAGCCUCCAUUAGAGGGGCGUGUCCUCCUGCUUGGAGCCAGUGGGGUGGCAAAUGCUACAAACAACUCAGCGAGAAUCUACCAUGGGCUGAGGCAAAACAGGAGUGCAUCAAGAUGGGAAGUAUCUUGGUUAUGCCACAGUCUCAGGAGGAAACUGACUUCCUUCUGAAGAACGUGUACCACUGGUUCUGGAUCAACUGCAAUGAUCUUCAAGUUGAAGGUACCUGGGUGUGUCAAGAUGGCACUACUGAAGUGGAGUACAGAAACUGGGGUAAUUGGCAACCUAGCAAUGGUAUCAGAGAGGAUUGUGGGGCAAUGAGAGAUAGCGGUGACUGGAAUGAUGUACCAUGUUCAUGGGAGUGUUGCGAGGGUACCCGGAUCGUGACCUUCAGGAACUGGAUCCCUGGGCAACCAGAUAAUUUCUUGGGCUACAGCAACGCUGGAGAGGAUUGUGCCGUCGUCUGGACAACAAUGGGCCAAUGGAAUGACAACACUUGCAAAUGGGAACAACCCGCAGUGUGCACGCAGCCUGCACCCAAACUACACCUUUGA